CCGGGGGAGCCCGAUCGCACCAUGGAAGCUGCGGCGGCCGGCCGGGGCGGCUUCCAGCCGCACCCGGGGCUGCAGAAGACGCUGGAGCAGUUCCACCUGAGCUCCAUGAGCUCGCUGGGCGGUCCGGCAGCUUUCUCGGCGCGCUGGGCGCAGGAGGCCUACAAGAAGGAGAGCGCCAAGGAGGCGGGUGCGGCCACCGUGCCGGCGCCGGUGCCCACUGCCGCGGAGCCGCCGCCUGUGCUGCACCUGCCUGCCAUCCAGCCGCCGCCGCCCGUCCUUCCCGGCCCCUUCUUCAUGCCCUCGGACCGCUCCACCGAGCGCUGUGAGACCGUGCUGGAGGGGGAGACCAUCUCUUGUUUCGUGGUGGGAGGCGAGAAGCGCCUGUGCCUGCCGCAGAUCCUCAACUCGGUGCUGCGCGACUUCUCACUGCAGCAGAUCAACUCGGUGUGCGACGAACUGCACGUCUACUGCUCGCGCUGCACGGCCGACCAGCUGGAGAUCCUCAAAGUCAUGGGCAUCCUGCCCUUCUCCGCGCCCUCGUGCGGGCUCAUCACCAAGACGGACGCCGAGCGCCUGUGCAACGCGCUGCUCUACGGCGGCGCCUACCCGCCGCCUUGCAAGAAGGAGCUGGCGGCUAGCCUGGCGCUGGGCCUGGAGCUCAGCGAGCGUAGCGUCCGCGUGUACCACGAGUGCUUCGGCAAGUGUAAGGGGCUGCUGGUGCCCGAGCUGUACAGCAGUCCUAGCGCCGCCUGCAUCCAGUGCCUCGACUGCCGCCUCAUGUACCCGCCGCACAAGUUCGUGGUACAUUCGCACAAGGCCCUGGAGAACCGGACCUGCCACUGGGGCUUCGACUCAGCCAACUGGCGGGCCUACAUCCUGCUGAGCCAGGACUACACGGGCAAGGAGGAGCAGGCCCGCCUUGGCCGCUGCCUGGACGACGUGAAGGAGAAGUUCGACUAUGCCAACAAGUACAAACGGAGGGUGCCCCGGGUCUCAGAGCCCCCAGCUUCCGUAAGGCCCAAGACAGACGACACUUCCUCACAGUCCCCCGCGUCUUCUGAGAAGGACAAGCAGUCCACUUGGCUGCGGACCUUGGCUGGUUCCUCCAAUAAGAGCCUUGGCUGCACUCACCCUCGCCAGCGCCUUUCUGCCUUCCGGCCCUGGUCUCCUGCAGUGUCAGCAAGUGAGAAAGAGAGCUCCCCACACCUUCCAGCCCUGAUUCGGGACAGCUUUUACUCCUACAAGGGCUUUGACACAGCUGUGGCCCCCAACGUGGCCCUGGCACCACCAACCCAGCCAAAGGUGGUGAGCAGUCCGCCAUGCACCACCGUGGUCUCCCGGGCGCCAGAACCUCUUACCACUUGUAUCCAGCCACGGAAGCGGAAGCUGACCAUGGAAACACCAGGAGCCCCAGACAUGCUGGCACCUGUGGCUGCCCCAGAGGAAGACAAGGAUUCUGAGGCUGAGGUCGAAGUUGAAAGCAGAGAGGAAUUCACCUCCUCCCUGUCCUCGCUGUCCUCUCCGUCCUUUACCUCGUCCAGCUCUGCCAAGGAUCUCAGCUCCCCAGGCAUGCAUGCCCCGCCAGUGGUUGCCCCUGAUGCUGCAGCCCAUGCCGAUGCCCCAAGUGGGCUGGAGGCAGAGUUGGAGCACCUGCGGCAAGCCCUGGAGGGCGGCCUGGACACCAAGGAAGCCAAAGAGAAAUUCCUGCAUGAGGUGGUCAAAAUGCGCGUGAAACAAGAGGAGAAGCUGACCGCAGCCCUACAGGCUAAGCGCAGCCUGCACCAGGAGCUAGAGUUCUUGCGUGUGGCCAAGAAGGAGAAACUACGAGAAGCCACAGAGGCCAAGCGCAGUUUGAGGAAAGAGAUUGAGAGGCUCCGAGCUGAAAAUGAGAAAAAGAUGAAAGAGGCCAACGAAUCACGGGUGCGCCUGAAGAGAGAGCUUGAGCAGGCGCGGCAGGUCCGGGUGUGUGACAAGGGCUGUGAGGCCGGCCGCCUGCGUGCCAAGUACUCAGCCCAGAUUGAGGACCUGCAGGCAAAGCUGCAGCACGCGGAGGCCGACCGCGAGCAGCUCCGGGCUGACCUGCUGAGGGAGCGUGAGGCCCGCGAGCACCUGGAGAAGGUGGUGAAAGAGCUUCAGGAGCAGCUGUGGCCUCGGCCACGGCCUGAGAAUCCGGGGGGUGAGGGCAACGCCGAGCUGGAUCCCUAGCCUGGUCAGUGCCUGCCACUGCCCCAUGGACCUCCAUGCGUGCGCAGAGGGCGGCGGGUACGUGGCCCUGCAGCCCCGGCCCAUGCCUCUGCAGCCACACAGCACAACGUCUCUACUGUGCCUAUUACCAAGCGAGUGUUUGUAACCACAUACUUUUGGAAUCCACUGCAAAAUUUUCUACUGGCCAAGUUCAAGUGGGCAAGCCAUGUCCCCAGCCGCAGCCAGAGCUGAGACCGGCUGUGUGGCUUGGAGCUGGUCCUCUGCUUGCUAGAACAGUCUAACAUUUACACUUUUGUUAUAAGCUAUUUAAACCAGUAAGGAGACUUGAUAUUCAGAGAACCAACAUGUUUUUUAAUGACUGACUGUAAAAGGCCCCUACACGUGACGCCAUCUGGACACCCACUGUGGUGGGGUGGCACCCACCCACCGCCGUCCUGGGAAGCCAUCACCGCUCAUCUGUGCCCGCGGCCACAAGAGGACAGCAGGGGUUUUCUUCAGAGUCUAUUUUUUCAGCAACAAGGACCCCAGUCUUCCUGCUGCUGCCAGGAAGAGCAGGGACAGCGCCGCGUGCGAGAUGAGCCCCAACACUGCCCGCCUUACUGCCGCUGCCCCGCCCACUGCCAUCACCACUACCCCUGCCCUGCAGGCGCCGGAGGCUCAGGCCUGAGCCACAGUCUCUCUGGGCCCCUGGAUGCCCACCUACAUCGUGAGGGGCUGACCUGUUGCCAGGCGGCGGCCAUGGUCCAGUGUCGUUGUGUGUCCUACGCGCCGCCCACGUGCUGCUUGGCCACGGCACCUUCAGCGCGGCCGGAGGCCCUCUGCCGGGGGCUGGGGCUGCGGCAUUGGAACAGAAACAGCAUUAUCACUUUUUCCUUCUUUCUUUUCUUUUUUUCUUUUCUUUCUUUUCUUUCUUUUUUUUUUUUUUGUUUUGUUUUGUUGUUGUUGUUGUUGUUCAUUUAAACAUGUAUUUAGAACUGCACUUUGUCAGAACCUCCCCUUAUCUUUUUACUCCCCGUUAACUGAGGUUUGUACCGAUUUCUAGAGCAGUUCAAACCCUAAGUGCUCAAGUGCUUAGAAAUCCCCUCUGGUGCUUGGUUGAACAAGGGAAUCACAAGAAAAUGAAACCGCAGAGACUGAACUUGGGGGUCGUUCUGUGCCUUCCAGCAUCUUGUACAGCAAACCCUGACUUGUCUUUUUACCCCCAAAAUACCGUCUUCAGUAGCGAUUGAAUCUGCCACUGUCAAAACACGUUAACUUGCAUUUAUUCCAAAUAAUCUCGUUUACUCUUAACUGUUUAUGCAAAUUGUGUAAGGUUUCUUAUGCCCAAGCUUGAAAAAUGAUUUCCCAGUAGACAAGAAGCCACCACCCAUCCUCCGAUUGUGUCUAUUCACACGAGAAGAUCAUACACAAGCCCUCCGCUCUAGUCCUACCUACCAGGGCAGCCAUGAGCUGAGGGGAGGUGGAGAUGGCUUGUGCAGGUGCAAACGACCUCAAGGACUGUUGCCUGCAACUGGAGACUGCUAAGCCCUGACACUCGGUGCCGAGGUUGUCUGCAGGGUCUGCCCUUGGUUUACUGAGGGGGGCUGGGCUGCUUCUGGUCCCCCUUCUGAAGUGCAAUGCAAAAGGGACAUCAUGUAUACGCAGCGUUUAUUUGGAGUUUUUUCUUUGGCUUUUUUUCCUCUCUCAGUUAUGAAACUUGUAUGCAUGGAUUUCACAUCUCCAUAGCGAGACCCACCCGUGGGCAUUAUGACCGUGUCUCUAAAGGGUCAGUUUUAUUACGCAACACGAAGAAUGCUGUUUUCAGCCUUGUUUUUCUAGAGUUGUGUUUUUCAGUCAUUUCUUCAAGGAAAACUAAAUGAUUUAGUUGGAGCAAAGCUUUAAGUGUGUUGGUGUGCUUCUGUGUGGCUGUCCUGUUGCCUAGUAGGAGGUCACAGUGGUUUGGGCCCUCUGAGCCUUGGUUCUCCUCUCGGCAGAGCCGCUCCUCUCCGUAGGUUCCCUGGCCUGGGUCCAGCACUGGCCCCAGUGUGGGAAGGAAGUGCUGUGUCUGUAGGAACUCUUCCCCACAUGCCAGAACGGCUUGGUUCUGGGAAGGGAGUAUCAUCUCCUUAGUUGUCCUGGAUCCCUGUUCCCACCCCCUCCCCGAUUCCUGUGAGUGGCCCUUGAAGGCCAGGGUGAUAGGAGCACAGGCUCACGUUGACCAGUAGCUUGUGCUCUGGGAUCGGCAGGACCUAGAGUCUAGGUCAUCUGCUGCUUCUGCCUGAGGCCUGGGCCCCGGGCCGUCGAGGCUGGCAAAGCAGUGAGUAUUUUGUGCAGCUGCUGUGGAAGGUAGCCCUGCUUGCCUCGGCCCCGCCGUGGACUGAGGGCAGCCGGGCACUGCAUGCCUGUCUCCUAGUUAGGGAGUCCGCAGGUUUCUUUUUAGAGAACGGGAGGAGAGAGUUUCCAUCAUGUUGGCUGUUGACGCUCCCUGUAUGUUAAACCCUUUACCAGUUUACUCAUUAUUUCUAUCCUGAAAGAUUUUUAACGAAGGGAAAAACCAACAGCAAUAACACUCACUGGUGAGCAGCUAACUCCUACCCACGACACCCUGCUUUUCAUACAGACUAGCCAAUGUAAAAACAACUCAAAUGUAAAUACUUUUUUCCAUUUCACACCGCUGUAUUAUACAUGUAUAUGGUGAUUCCUUUUCCAGAAACUUUUCUUACCUGCUGGUUGUCUUGUUUUCUGGGUUGUUUUUAACUGAAGAAGAAUUGCUCAUCUGCCAGAGGGGACAGAAGCGUCGUGUGGCGUUUCCCAUGCGGUGUUCCCCAUGGCUACCCACGAUUCCCAGCCCCUGCGCAGGUGUCCCCCAGCCCCCUUCCCUCAUGCCCACUGCAGGGAUGAGGGGGAGGGGCUCUUGCUUUAAGUCAAAAGUCUCAAAUGACAUUUUCAUAGCUGCCCGAGCCCCUGCACCCUCCAGUCUUAUGCUGCUGCUAAUGACAAUAUGCUGGCCUACCCUGCUACUCGAGAGCUAUUUUUAUGUAAUUAAUGUAUGCUUUCUUGUUUAUAAAUGCCUGAUUUAAAAAAGGAAAAAAGAAAAAGCUUGGCAUAUUUA